GCCCUUUCUUCCCCUCCAUCCGGCGGCUACUCAGCCUUCUCUCAGCUCAGGGAGCAGGACGGUCAUCGCCAGACUCCAACAUGCUGUCAGUACGCGUCGCAGCGGCUCUUGCCCGCGCACUCCCUCGCCGGGCCGGCUAUGUGUCAAAAAAUGUCCCUGCAGCAUGUGUGGCAGUCAAGAACCUCCACACCACCCACCCAUGGAUGCAGAAAACAGGCACUGCAGAGGUUUCUUCUAUCCUGGAGCAGAAGAUCAUGGGAGCAGACACCAGUGCUGAUUUGGAAGAGACCGGCCGAGUGUUGUCCAUCGGUGAUGGUAUCGCCCGAGUCUACGGUCUCAGGAACGUGCAGGCCGAGGAGAUGGUGGAAUUCUCAUCUGGACUUAAGGGAAUGUCACUGAACUUGGAGCCCGACAACGUUGGCGUGGUGGUGUUCGGUAACGACAAACUAAUCAAGGAGGGCGACAUUGUCAAGAGGACGGGUGCCAUUGUAGACGUCCCCGUCGGCGAGGAGCUGCUGGGGCGCGUCGUGGACGCCCUUGGAAAUGCCAUCGAUGGAAAGGGCCCCCUUGGCUCCCAGACCCGCAGGCGUGUGGGUCUGAAGGCGCCUGGCAUCAUCCCCCGUAUCUCUGUGAGGGAGCCCAUGCAGACUGGCAUCAAAGCCGUGGACAGUCUGGUGCCCAUUGGACGCGGGCAGCGUGAGCUCAUCAUUGGCGACAGGCAGACCGGAAAAACCGCCAUUGCCAUCGACACCAUCAUCAACCAGAAGCGCUUCAACGAGGGCACCGACGAGAAGAAAAAGCUCUACUGCAUCUACGUGGCCAUCGGACAGAAGAGAUCCACCGUGGCCCAGCUGGUCAAGAGGCUGACAGACGCUGACGCCAUGAAGUACACCAUCGUGGUGUCAGCCACCGCCUCCGACGCCGCCCCGCUGCAAUACCUGGCGCCCUACUCGGGCUGCUCCAUGGGCGAGUACUUCCGGGACAACGGCAAGCACGCCCUCAUCAUUUACGACGAUCUCUCCAAGCAGGCCGUCGCCUACCGUCAGAUGUCCCUGCUGCUCCGCCGCCCGCCCGGCCGUGAGGCUUACCCAGGCGAUGUCUUCUACCUGCAUUCCCGCCUGCUGGAGAGGGCCGCCAAGAUGAAUGACAACUUUGGCGGCGGCUCGCUCACCGCCCUGCCCGUCAUCGAGACGCAGGCCGGCGACGUGUCAGCCUACAUUCCAACCAACGUCAUCUCCAUUACAGACGGACAGAUCUUCUUGGAGACGGAGCUGUUCUACAAAGGUAUCCGUCCUGCCAUCAACGUCGGUCUGUCAGUGUCUCGCGUCGGCUCAGCGGCUCAGACCAGGGCCAUGAAGCAGGUGGCCGGCACCAUGAAGCUGGAGCUGGCCCAGUACCGCGAGGUGGCUGCCUUUGCCCAGUUCGGCUCCGACCUGGACGCCGCCACGCAGCAGCUGCUGAACCGCGGCGUGCGUCUGACAGAGCUCCUCAAACAGGGCCAGUACUCUCCCAUGGCCAUUGAAGAGCAGGUCACCGUCAUCUACGCCGGCGUGAGGGGGCACCUGGACAAGAUGGAGCCCAGCAAGAUCACCAAGUUCGAGAAGGCCUUCCUGCAGCACAUCCUGAGCCAGCACCAAGACCUGCUGGCAGCCAUCAGGGCCGACGGCCAAAUCUCUGAGGCCUCAGACGCCAAGCUCAAACAGACUGUGCUCAGCUUCCUCUCCAGCUUUGAGUAACGUGCAAAAGGCAUUCUUCACUUUUUAUGUUGCGCUUUUGGUUGUGCUCCAUGUGUGCUCCUAGCUCGCUCAGUUGGUCAACACGUCAUCUCUAAUGUACAGUCAAGAGAAUAAAAAGUAUUCCAACAA